GUCCGCAGGCAGCGCUACAGCGAUGGGCCUGGCUCAGAGGCAUCCUUGCUCAGCAGCUCCUUUGUGGCGCCUCGUUGAGGUCUCCUCCUUGAUGUGCCCUCAUCAGGCGCCCGGAAGACACGAGCGCGGUCCGGAUCGCCAGGAUUCUUGAGAUGCGGACCCGGAAGCUACCUCUCGUCGCCCGCGCGGCCUCUUCUAUAAUCUACUUUCUCCUCCCCCUCCUCCCUCCUACGGCGCGCGCGAGGGGGCAAAUCGUUGCGCGGAAGGGCCGCGCGGGGCAUUCUGGGCCGCGGCGGGCCUUGAGCGACGCCUCUUGGCUCGGGCCCGGAAUGGCGGCGGCGGCGGCGGCACGGAGCCGGUGCUGGGCGGCGCUGGGCCGGGCGCGGGCCUCCUCCUCUUCCGCCUCCUUCUCCUGGGGCCUGCGGGCCCCGGCCUGGACGGCCCUCGGGGCGAGGCCGGAGCUGCUGCCCCCGCGGCGCUGCCUCUCCUCCCGGAAUCGUCCUGAGGGCAAAGUCUUGGAGACAGUGGGGGUCUUUGAAGUGCCAAAGCAACAUGGCAAAUACGAGACUGGGCAGUUGUUUCUCCACAGUAUAUUCGGAUACCGGGGGAUUGUCCUCUUUCCUUGGCAAGCCAGGUUGUACGACCGAGACGUCGCUUCUGCUGUGCCUGAAAAGAGCGAGUCUGGAGCUGCACAUGGAUCCAAAGAAGUGAAAGGCAAGACACACACCUACUAUCAGGUGCUGAUCGAUGCUCGCGACUGCCCACAUAUAUCUCAGAGAUCCCAAACAGAAGCCGUGACCUUUUUGGCCAACCACGAUGACAGCCGAGCCCUCUAUGCAAUCCCAGGGCUGGACUACGUGAGCCACGAGGACAUUCUGCCCUACACCUCCACAGACCAGGUGCCCAUCCAGCACGAGCUCUUUGAGCGCUUCCUCAUGUACGAUCAGACAAAAGCUCCCCCCUUUGUGGCAAGGGACACGCUCUGCGCCUGGCAAGAGAAGAACCACCCGUGGCUGGAGCUCUCCGACGUGCACCGGGAGACCACCGAGAACAUCCGGGUGACGGUCAUCCCCUUCUACAUGGGCAUGCGGGAAGCGCAGAAUUCUCACGUCUACUGGUGGCGCUACUGCAUCCGCCUGGAAAACCUCAACAACGAAGUUGUGCAGCUCCGUGAACGGCACUGGAGGAUAUUCAGCUUGUCCGGCACCCUGGAGACCGUCCGUGGCCGGGGAGUUGUGGGGCGAGAGCCCGUCUUGUCCAAAGAGCAGCCGGCCUUCCAGUACAGCAGCCACGUCUCCUUGCAGGCGUCCAGUGGGCACAUGUGGGGCACCUUCCGUUUUGAGCGGCCCGACGGCUCCCAUUUUGACGUCCGGAUCCCCCCCUUCUCCCUGGAAAGCAAUAAGGAUGAGAAGACGCCCCCUUCUGGCCUCCACUGGUAGAGCGGCCUUAGGAAGCCAGCCCUCCCCCCCCUUUUUCCCUCUGGACUGUUUCCCUCCCGGGAGCCCACUCCUCAAGGGCUGACACGAGUUCUAGGUUUGAAAGCGAGUGUCCCUCCCUCCCCGUCUCCAUCUUGGACCGCGGCCGAAACGGGCCCGGCCGGACCCUGGGACGAGUGGGCUUUGGCCGUCUUUGCUUGGGGCACCUAGCACAAAGCUGCCUUGGGCGGAACCCGCAAAGCUCUCCGAAGGCGUGUGGACUCUUCCAGAUGUGAGGUGGUGUGUUUGUUCACUAAAUAAACCGGCCUCCCUGUUGCGGCUCCA